AUGACGAGGCUCCUGCCCCUGCGGCUCCAAGAAGCCCAUGUCCCGAUUCUUGAAGACUGUGAUGACAGCGAAGGAAAGAAAAAGGGUCCUAGCCGCUUUAUGGCUGGUGGCGCUUCCGACUCGGAUAGCGACGAUGAUGCACCGAGGAUCGUCAAGAGCGCCAAGGAUCAAUUCGACAAAUUGCUCCGUCUUGUCCAGCGCCAAACCAAUCUCUCAGAUCCGGUUCCUUCGUUCUUCCUUGAACUUUUGAAAUCACUGGAAAAGGAUAUCACUGAUGCUCAAAAUCGUGAAAAAUCCGCAGCCAAGAAGAUGAACGCUACCAAUGCUCGCGCGCUCAACGGCAUGAAGCAAAAGCUCCGCAAGUCCACAAAAGAAUAUGAAGUAGCGAUCAAGUCCUUCGAGGAGGAUCCCGACAAGUACCGAAAGGAGGAGAACAAGGAGCCUGUGAAGAAAGGAGACGAGGAAGAGGAGGAUCCGACGUUCAAGACUGUUGGCCGUUCUGGCAAAACGAUGACGUUCAGCACCGAAGCCCUCUUCAAGAAUUUGCUCGCUAUCCAAGAGGCCCGUGGAAAGAAGAAUACCGAUCGCAAUGAGCAAAUCCAUCUUCUUGAGAGGGUUCUCCCUACGGCUGUGACUCCCUACGGCAAGAUCCGCGUUUUGCUUACUCUCAUUUCGGCACGCUUUGAUUACAACCCGACUGCUUCGUUCAUGCCCAUCGAACUUUGGAAAAAGGCCCUCCGCGAAAUCAAUAACUUGAUCGAGUUAUUGAUCACUGAGCCUCUGUAUAUUGUGACCGAAACUACCGAGGACUAUGAUGAAUCUGUCGAGCGAGUGCCUACCGAUGGAAAACCAGUUGUUGUCCGUGGAAGUAUUGUUGCGAGUGUCGAGAGGAUAGAAGACGAAUUCAACAAGAGCUUGUUGAACAUCGAUCCUCAUGGUACCGAAUAUGUCGAGAGAUUAAAGGAUGAACCUGGCCUAUAUGCGCUGACUGUCUUGGCUCAACGGUACUUUGAAGUUCGGAAACUAGAGGACGCCAUGCAUCGCGUUAUCAUCAAACGGCUGGAACACAUUUAUUGCAAGCCUGACGCAGUGAUUCAACAUUUCGAGUCCAAUUUGCCUAAUCCGCCUUCACCAUUGCCUCCCACUUCCGAACUCAUUGCCUCUCUGGCCACUAAACUCUACAAAUCCCCCUCGCCACUUCUCCGCACCCGUGCGAUGCUUGCCCACAUUUAUCACACUGGUCUCCAGAACGACUUCCCCAGGGCUCGUGACAUGCUCUUGAUGUCCCACGUCCAAGAGUCGAUCAACAGCGCCGACGCGCAAACACAGAUCCUAUUCAACCGCGCGGUCGUGCAACUCGGUUUGAGCGCAUUCAGGCGAGGAAUGAUCAAGGAGGCCCAUGGCGUGCUCGGGGACAUCUUUGCUACCCAGCGAGUAAAGGAACUCCUCGCGCAAGGUACAGGACCACGAGGAACCGAGACUCCCGCCGCCACUCGAGUCCUGCUUCCCUUCCACGUACACAUCAAUACCGAACUUGCCGAGGCGGUCUUCCUUGUGUCGUGCGAUCAGCAAGCCGUUCCGUCGGUUGCUCGAGUUUGCCGACCGCCAGGCGUUUGCUGGUCCCCCGAGAGCACGAGGGAUUGUGUUGUCCAGGCCACACGGGCGUUGUUGGCUGGUGAAUGGGAACGGUGCAAGGAGUUGAUUGUCGGAAUCAAGAUCUGGAGCUUGAUGGGAGCUGAGAGCGAGGGAGUGAAAGAGAUGCUCGGACAGCGUAUCCAAGAAGAGUCCCUAAGGACAUACCUCUUUACAUACUCUCCGCACUACACCUCGCUCUCUCUUGAGUUUUUGCAACGCACAUUCUCCCUUUCCGCCAGUCAAACCACCUCUAUCGUCUCCCGCAUGAUCUGGAACGACGAACUCGCAUCCCUUGAUUCGGCAGCCAAGGCCGUCGUCUUCCGCCGCACCGAAGUCAACAGGACCCAAGCGUCCGCACUUGCCCUCGCUGAACGCGCAGCCAACUUGGUCGAAAUGACCGAAAAGGCGCUCGACAUGCGUGUAGGCGGACGAGAAGGCGGAGGCGGAUGGGGCGACCGUGGAGACCGUGAAGGUGCUGGCUUGGGUGGAGGAACCGGCGCCGGUGGAGAAGGUCGUAGGAGAGGCGGUCAGGGUAGGCCAAGAGGUGGUGGUGGCGGCAGUGGCCGGGGUGGACGAUUCGCGCAGGGGUUGGGUAGCCGGAUGGGUGUGGCUGGUGUGAGGGCCCGGAAUCUAUCAAAUCAAACACGCCUCGACUGGCAAUUGGUUGACCAUGUCGUCCCAUCGUCAAUUGUUGGGUCCCCAACCAAUACAGAAAAAGUCACAGUGGCGCCUAUCUCCUGCAUCUGGCAUUUACGGGGUUAUCAUGUAACCAACCUAGAGGGCGAUCAGUACCUGAAUUACAAUGCUAGCGAUAAUCAUAUGAUAAUCGGUGGCACGGGCAUAUGGUGUCUUGAGGACGCUGGGGUGGCUGGACAGUAUUACUUUCAUAUGCAAUGGAACCACUAUGUCGGAAUAAUGAGCGCAGCUGACAAUGUUGCAAAGGUAGCUAGGUGCCGCCGCGUUGCCGACGAGAAGUGGAUUUUCCAGUUUGUUGGCCCACUCGAUAAAGUGCUUCCCGCGCCGACUCUACAUCGAAAUAUCCACUACCCAUUCGCUCCAGGUCACUAUGUCAUCAGGAACGUUGGGACUGAUACCGUUAUGCAUGCGGAAUAUGGGAGUGGGACGGGGCAAAUUUCGAUGCGAAACGUGAUUGCGCAGUGGUAUGUUGUCCCGACGGCAACUGGAACUGCUAUGGCCAUCAAGACACAGACAAGGGGUUCUGGAUAUCUCCCAGCUUAUCCAUUUAAUGUGUUCGACGUGGCCGGAGCUAACCCGGCAGAUGGUACUAAGAUUGUUCUAUGGCCGAGGACCGGCGAGGAACAUCAAAAGUGGUACUUUGAACCUGCUUAG